CUGCCCAGGCACCUGAGGACUGUCCGAAUGGGACAUAUAGUAAGGGUGGGGCAACAGAGUGUACCAUUUGCCCUAAAGGCCAUCGAUGUCCUAUGAACUCAGUAGAUCCCAUCCCUUGCACAAGUGGUACUUUUGCUCCAGCGCAAAGUACUUUUUGUCAUUGUUGUCCUGUUGGUUCACAUUGUCCAUCCGAGAAGCUCUCUUAUCACCUCCCUUGUGCAAAUGGGUCCUAUUCUGUUGUGACGAAUGCUACACGCUGUUUAGCAUGUCCGGCAGGUUUUAAAUGUCCAAAUCCUGCUGAACAACCAGUGGAAUGUAACAAUGGAACUCACAGUAAAGCUGGAGCUACCCACUGCAUAAUGUGUCCAAGUGGUCACAAGUGCACCGACAAGUCAGCUGACCCAGUUGUAUGUUUACAAGGUUCCUUUGCUCCAUCAGGGAGCAUCGAGUGCCAGGAAUGUCCUCUGGGGUCUCACUGUCCAGCUAAUGCGUUAGAGAAACAUGUUCAAUGUGAUCCUGGUUCAUAUGCUAAUGACACAUCACUCACCAAGUGUUUAGAAUGUCCAGCUGGAUUCAUUUGUCAAAAUCCUGCUCUAGCCCCAGUGCCCUGUGAAAAUGGAACUUACAGUAAAGGUGCUGCUACAAACUGUACCAUGUGUCCAGCAGGUUUCAGGUGUCCCAAUAAGGACUUGGACCCUAUUCCAUGUGAGGCUAAGACAUAUGCACCAAGUGGGAGUCUUGUUUGCUAUCAGUGUCCAGCUGGAUCACAUUGCCCUUCAGCUCAACUCUCUACUCAUGUCCCUUGCCGCAAUGGAACAUAUACAGAUUCAGAGGGUCAAGAUUUGUGUAGCCAAUGUCCAGAAGGAUUCAAGUGUCCAAAUCCUGCUGUCUCUCCAGUGCCCUGUGAAAAUGGAACCUUUAGCCUCACCGGCUCUACUCAAUGUACUAUUUGUCCAGCAGGGUACAGUUGUCCAAAUAAAACAGCUCCUGUGGAAUGUUCAGCUGGUUCAUAUGCUGUAGUAGGGAGCUUUGAAUGUCAACCUUGUCCCAAAGGAGCUUCAUGUCCAACCAAAGGACUUUCUACAUAUUUUCUAUGCUCUAAUGGAACGUACUCAGAUGCACAAAGUCUCAGAGAUUGUAAACUAUGUCCAGCUGGCUUCCUCUGUCCCAGUGUUGGAAUGGAAGCACCAGAAGAAUGUGCUAAUGGAACAUACAAUAAUGCAACUGGUGCUCGAUAUUGUAUUUUGUGUCCAGAGGGUCAUAGUUGUCCAAAUAAGACAGCUCAUGUUGAAUGUUCAGCUGGUUCUUAUGCUGUAGCAGGGAGUAUAGAAUGUCAACCUUGUCCCAAAGGAGCUUCAUGUCCAACCAAAGGACUUUCUACCUAUUUUCUAUGCUCUAAUGGAACUUACUCAGAUGCUGAAAGUCUGAGUGAUUGUAAACUGUGUCCAGCUGGCUUUCAUUGUCCAAGUGUUGGAAUGGAAGCACCAGAAGAAUGUGCUAAUGGAACUUACAGUUUUGCAACUGGUGCUCAAUAUUGUAUUUUGUGUCCAGAGGGUCAUAGUUGUCCAAAUAAAACAGCUCCUGUUGAAUGUUCAGCUGGUUCAUAUGCUGCGGCAGGGAGCAAUAUUGAAUGUCAACCUUGUCCUAAAGGAGCUUCAUGUCCAACCAAAGGACUUUCUACAUAUUUUCUAUGUUCAAAUGGAACAUACUCAGAUGCUGAAAAUCUGAGUGAUUGUAAACUAUGUCCAGCUGGCUUCCAUUGUCCAAGUGUUGGAAUGGAAGCACCAGAAGAAUGUGCUAAUGGAACAUACAACAAUGUAACUGGUGCUCGAUAUUGUAUUUUGUGUCCAGAGGGACACAGAUGCACUAAUAAGAGUGAGGCCCCUGUACCAUGUGGAAGAGGAUAUUUUGCUUCUGAAGCAAGCAUGUCAUGUUAUGAAUGUCCUGUUGGAUUUUUUUGUCCUCUUUUGAUCACUGCCAGUCCACAGCCAUGCCCUUCUGGAUUUUAUGCAAAUGAAACUAAAUCUGAGAGCUGCAAAGAAUGUGAAAGAGGUUCCAAGUGCCCAGACCCUGCUCAGUCUCCAACGGAAUGUCCUGCUGGUUAUUUUAGUGCAGUUAAAGGUCAAACAGUCUGUACUCAGUGUGCACCAGGAUACUAUUCUGAAACAACAGGGCAGUCGUGCUGUCAAGUGUGUCCUGCAGGAAGCCGCUGUCCUCUGAGAAACAGCCCACCAGUUCGAUGUGUUUUUGGCCAAUAUUCCCCAGAGGCCUCUACUGAAUGUCUUACGUGCCCAGCAGGGAAAAUCUGUUCAGAACCUGCACUUCCACCAAUCACAUGCACUGUUGGUACUUACAGCAAUGGUUCUCUCUGUAUUCCAUGCGAUAUUGGCCAUUAUUGUCCUUCUCCUGCAAAUGGUCCUCAAUCUUGUCCUGAUGGCACUUACUCCAAUGAAACAAGAGCAGUUAGCUGCAAAGCAUGUGAUGCUGGACAUUCCUGCCUAAAUCCAUCCAAUGCACCAGUUCCGUGCUCUGCUGGAGAAUACAGUAUAUCUGGACAAGUAACAUGUAGUAAAUGUCCUGAUGGUAGAUACAGCCUUGGUAGAGCAUCAUCUUGCCUCAUCUGCCCAGCAGGACGGUCAUGUAUGAAUGGCUCUGAUCCUAUAUCUCCCACAGAGUGUUCUUCAGGAACAUAUAGUCCACCUGGAGUUGGCAUCUGUCAUGCAUGUCCACUCGGAACCUAUUCUAACAGAGGGGCAUCAUUUUGUUCUCCUUGUCCUGCAGGGCACUCAUGUAAUGAUCCCAGCCAGGCCCCAGUAGCAUGCACCUCUUCAGAGUACUGGAAUAAAGGUGGAGAGAUUCCAAGAUGUGCUCCAUGUCCGGCUGGCUACAGCUGUACCAAUGUGACUCAACCUCCAGUGCCUUGUAUGCCGGGUUACUACUCACUUCAAGGAGAUGCAUCGUGUACAGAGUGUGAAGCUGGUCAGGCAUGUACUGAUCCGGCUCAGGUACCAAAACACUGUCCUGUUGGUACCUACAGCCAAAAGGGUGCAACAUCCUGUAAACAUUGCCCUGCUGGCUACAGUUGCCCAUCUCCAAGUUCCACUCCUUCUCCAUGUACUAAAGGAGAAUUCUCAUUGCGAGGACAUGCAAACUGUACUGUGUGUCCAAUUGGAUACAUGUGCCCAUCCACCAAGCAGAGGGCUGUUCGAUGUUCACUUGGUACCACAACAUUUGGAGAGAGUGGAAAGGAAACUUGUAGUGACUGUCCUGCUGGAUUUAAGUGUCCAAACCCAGAGUCAAAUGCAACAGCUUGUAAGAAUGGAACGUAUAGUAUUGGCAAGUCAGUUCGAUGUUUGGAAUGUCCUGCAGGUCACAAGUGUCCAACAACUGAUACGUACCCAGAGCCCUGUACUCCUGGCCAGUACAGUCUUCCCCGCAGUCUGUCUUGCACUGAUUGUCCGGCAGGCACAGAGUGUCCUUCAACUUCACAGCUGAAGACAUUGGACUACGCUGUUGUAAAGUCUGUGUCAUACAAUAUAGCCACAGUAUUUAUUGGUUCAGGAUCGUAUUCUGAUAAAAAGGCCCAGUUUUGUACUGUCUGCCCAGAAGGAAAGUUUUGUCCAUUUACCAAUAUGUCAACGGAAAUCAACUGUGAGGAUGGAACAUUUUCUUGGGGUAAUCAGGAGCGAUGUACCCCAUGCCCCAGUGGAUGGAUGUGUCCAAAUAAAGAUGGAACAGGAAAUGUUAAAUGCCUACCAGGCACUUAUUCAAUUGGCAGACGGAUAGACUGCACCCCAUGUCCAGCUGGCCAGGCUUGUCCACAAACAAACACCAAUCAAACUGUUGUAUGUCUUCCAGGCACAUAUUCAGUUGGAUCACAAACGUCAUGUACUUGGUGCCCUCCAGGAUAUAAUUGUCCAAGCACCUCAGAGAGUAUGGAUAUAGAGUGUCCUGAUGGAACCUACAGUAAAGGAGGACAACAAAACUGUACUGAGUGUCCGCCUGGAUAUGCCUGUCCUUCGAAAACAGAUGACUUUAAAGUCCAGUGCUCUGCAGGUUAUUACACUCUUGGUCGGGAACAGAAAUGCACUCUUUGCCCAGCUGGAUCUUUUUGUCCUAAUAUUACAUCCUCACCCAUUCCAUGUGAAGAUGGGUCAUACAGUUUGGGUUUAGCAACCAGCUGUAUAGAGUGCCCAGCUGGUCAUAAAUGUGAUGUCAACAAAAAAAACUCUGUUCCAAUGCCAUGUCCUGCUGGUAAAUACAGCAACAAGUCAGCUACAGAAUGCACAGAUUGCAGUGCUGGUUAUACUUGCAAGGGAUCAGAUACAACUCCCACUCCUCCUUCUGGUUUAUGUCCAUUGGGUCAUUAUUGUCCUGAUGGCCAGCGCGAGGUGGACUGUCCUGCUGGUACAUUUGGUAAUAUCACUGGCGCAGCAAGUGAAGCUGAAGGUUGUCCACCUUGUCCUGCAGGAUUUUUCUGCCCUGCAGGAACAAGAGGCUAUCCCACCCACAGGUUGAAAUGUCCUCCUGGUCACUGGUGCACGGAAGGAACAAGAUCACAAUUUGAACAUCCUUGUCCAGCAGGCACUUUCAAUAAGGAAAUUGGUCUUGAACGAGAAGACCAGUGUGUAGAUUGUUUACCUGGUUAUUACUGUCCAUCUGGUGAUGCAUAUGCUGACAGACUGUGUCCUGCUGGUCACUACUGUCCAGGCAAGACUAGGGACAGUACUGCCGAACCCAAACCAUGCUCUGCUGGGACUUACACUGAAGAACAAGGAGCACAAGGCCAACUAGACUGUAAGGAUUGUCCGCCAGGUCACUACUGUGAAGCAGGAGCACAAGAGCCCAUUGCUUGCCCCAAGGGUACAUUUAAUUCCCUGUCUUGCAGAGGAUCUUUAGCAGAGUGCCGCUCGUGUAUAUCAGGAAUGGCCUGCCCCCGGCCUGGGCUAACUUGGCCACCUGUGAAGUGUGAUGCAGGUUAUUACUGCCCUGCUGGGUCGUCACUUCCUAAUGAGACCAUCCAUGCUUGUCCAGCAGGAACUUAUACUGACUAUCACAACUUGACUCACGCUAGAGAAUGCACCCAGUGUCCAGAAAGACAAUCAUGAGAGGCAGGAACAGGAGGGAUACAAAAACCACCUCAGGAAUGGCAUUACUGCCCCCUUGGCACCAUGAGUCCAACUCAGUUCCCUUGUGAAGAAGGAACAUGGACAAACCUUACCAACCUUAAGGCACAAGAGGAGUGAUACGUGUGUCCAAAAGGUCAUUUCUGUCUCAGAGGUUCUACCAAGCCGACAGGUUUAUGUUUCACUGGACACUACUGUCCACGAGGUACUAAACGAGGUACAGAAUUUCCUUGCCCUGCUGGUACAUACAACAAUAGAACAGGUCUGGAAAGAAAGGAAGAUUGUGUACCAUGUAUAACUGGUCACUACUGUCCACAAGGAACCACAAAUCCAAAACAAUGCCCACGGGGCACAUUUAAUGAUGUUCUAUCAGCAAAGAACCAGCUUGAUGGUUGCAAACAGUGUGUUCCAGGAUACUACUGUCCAAAUUUGGCAAACUAUGAACUUACUGCAUGUGAAGUAGGAAAUUAUUCGGGUCCUGGUGCAUCUGAAUGUACAAAAUGUGAGGCAGGCCAUUAUUGUGAUAGCAGAACAACAAGCAAGGCAGAAAUGAUAGCUACCAAAAUUUGUCCUGCUGGGACACAUUGUCCUCCAGGCACAGUGGAAAAACCAGACCUUCAUGAUAGUACCUAGGCCUGUUGGAAAGGACAUUACUGCCUUAGGGGAGAUGAGAACCCUUACCCCAUCAAGUGUCCAAACGGAACCUUUAAUCCUCAUGAAGGCCGCAAACUUGUCAGUGAAUGUCUUAGGUGCACAGAGGGUUACUACUGUGAGCCAGAAGGCCUGGAAAAAGAGGCUGAUAUGUGUCCUCCAGGUUACUACUGUCCUGAGGGAACAGGAUACAGAUAUUCUAAUCCCUGUCCCGUUGGAUUUUACCGAAAACUGUCUGCAGCAGUGUCAGUACAGGACUGUAGUGUGUGUUUCUCUGGACAUUUUUGUGAUGUUCUUGGCUUGGAAAAUCCAAAAGUUUGUCCAGAAGGCUUCUUCUGUCCUACUGGAACUACAAUUCCUUCUCCAUGCCCUUGUGGUUACUAUGGUAACUCUACUGGUGUAAAGAAAAGUGAUGAAUGUACUCCUUGCCCAGCAGGUCAGUAUUGUGCUGGGUAUGGACUCAAAAAACCAACUGGACCUUGUGAUGCAGGCUUCUACUGCAGUGGAAGAGCUUGCACUUCUGCACCACCUGAAGGAAGCCCCACAGGAGGUCUCUGUCCUCAAGGUGGUUAUUGUCCACAAGGCGCCAAAACUCCAGAGCCCUGCCCUGUAGGAAAGUAUAGUGGAACCAAAGGAAAUAAAGAACCUGAUGACUGUGUUACAUGUGACCCUGGAUACUAUUGUGCAGGUGAUACCAAUCCUAAACCAACUGGACCAUGCUCACCAGGGCAUUACUGUACAGGAGGGGCAUCUGUACCAACUCAACAUAUCACACCGAAAGGUCACUUCUCAGAGGAGGCUGCUGUUUUUCCACAAAAGUGUCCAGUUGGAACUUACCAGGAGACAGAUCGAGCAGAGAAAUGUACUAAUUGUACAGAGAAGAACUUCUGUGAUAAAAUGGGGCUAGACUUUCCAGAGCCUUGUAUAACUGGACACUACUGUCCUCCAAACAGCAUAAAACCAACACCAUGUCCACCUGGUACUUACAAUCCAGCGACUGCAAAACCCUCGAUUAGCAAUUGCGGACUCUGUGAUGCAGGAUCUUAUUGCAGAAAGGCAGGUCUGAAUGCUACUGAAGGGAAAUGCUUUGCUGGAUAUUAUUGUCAAGAGGGUUCUCCAAGCCCAACCCCAAAUAAUGAUUCCCUAUCAAAUAUUACAUAUGGAGGUAUCUGUCCUCCUGGAUACUACUGUCCAGUGGGGACAAAGAGACCAUUUGAAUAUCCUUGUCCAAAUGGAACUUACAGUGACACACCAGGACUUGAGAGAGAGGAGCAGUGCAUUCCAUGUGACCCUGGAAGGUCCUGUACAGGAGAAGGUUUGACAGAACCAAAUGGAGUCUGCCGCCCUGGUUGGUAUUGUUUAAGAAGGGCUACAACCCCUAUGCCUCUUGAUGGUGUGACGGGAAAUAUAUGUCCAGCAGGUUUUCAAUGUCCAAAUGGUACAGCCAACUUUACUGAAUGUGAACCUGGAACCUACAGCAAUAUAACUGGUCUUGCUGCCUGUUUAACAUGUCCAGCACGCUUCUACUGUGAGGGUGGUGAAGGUGACAGUAAAACUCCUAUACCUUGUUUAAAAGGUCAUUACUGCCCGGCUGGUACAGGAAAAUCACCAGAAAAGUGUCCUGCUGGAACUCACAAUCCACAAUUAAGUCUUGCUCGUGAAAGCGAGUGUCAGCCUUGUCCACCUGGCAAAUACUGCAGAGGAGCAGGGGUUGUUUCAUUUCCAAGUGACAUAUCUGGAAACUGUGAUCCUGGAUUUUACUGUGUGCAGGGUGUCAACACACCACGCCCAAGUCAGAAUUUUACAGGAAUAGGUGGUGUUUGUCCACCUGGUGCUUACUGUCCAGAGGCAAGCCCUGAACCUAUUGGUUGUCCAAGUGGUACAUUUUCAAAUGUGUCACAGCUGCAGAGUCCUAGUAACUGUACACUGUGCUCUGAUGGUCAUUACUGUGAGCAAACAAACCUGACUGAGCCAACAGGGCAGUGUGCUCCAGGCUUUUACUGCAGAAGAGGCUCUGAUACAGCAACACCUGCUAAUGUAUCCGCCAUAGGAGGACCAUGUCCGAAGGGUCACUUUUGUGAGCUUGGCACAGUAUUUCCACUUGGCUGCAGGCGUGGAACAUACAAUCCAAAUGAAGGAGAAGCAGCUUGCUUUACUUGCCCUGCUGGAUAUUUUUGUCCAGAAAACUCAACUGACUUUAACCCCUUCCCUUGUCCACAGGGUCAUUUCUGCCCAAAUGGAACUGAAUAUGCAACUCAAUACCCUUGUUCUAAGGGCUACUAUAACGAUGCCACACGUGGUGUCAGCCUUGCAGACUGCAAAGCUUGUCCCGGAGGGAAGUACUGCAGCAGAUCUGGGCUUUCUGAACCAACUGGACCUUGUGCUGCAGGUUAUUUCUGUGUCAAUGCUGCCUGGACAGACAAACCCCAAGAUUAUGACAAUUUUACAUCUGGUGAUUGUCUUUGCCCUGCAAAUUCUACUGGAGGAGAAUGUCAAGAGGGGUUUUUCUGCCCUGAAGGAUCUCAUGAACCUACUCCCUGCAUUGGAGGGUUUUAUUGUGAAGGAAAAGGAAAGGAGAAUGUGACGGCGCAGUGUGAUCCUGGCUGGUUUUGUACAAGUGGUGCCAAGAUCCCAAGACCCGCUGAUGGAAUAACUGGAAACAUUUGUCCAGCAGGAAAGUAUUGUCCAAGGGGUACUAAAACCCCAAGGCUAUGUCCUCAAGGUAGUUUUUCUAAUAAUACUGGUAACAGCAAUGAGAAUAAUUGUUCCUUAUGUACUGAAGGAUCAUACUGUGAAACUGAAGGAUUGAUUCAACCAACUGCACUUUGCUCUGCAAAGUAUUUCUGUCCUUCUGGUGAAAGGCAAGAUAAGAGGAAUUCAUGUACACGGGGACAUUUUUGUCCUGAAGGAAGUCCAGCACCUGUUAAAUGUCAUUCUGGAACUUACCAGGAUCAAACACAACAAGAUUCUUGUAAACUUUGUCCAGCUGGCUAUUACUGUGACACUAAGGAUGAUUUGUCAGACUUCACAAGUUAUAUUUGUCCAAAUGGGUUUUAUUGCCCUAAUGGAACAAGGUAUGCCACGGAGUUUGGUUGUCCGAAUGGAACACAUGGAAAUGGAACCCAGCUCUUCCAUCCUGAUCAGUGUGUUAAAUGCCCACCUGGACGAUUUUGCUACGGGUCGUCACCUACUUUCACAGGAGCCUGUCAGGAAGGUUAUUAUUGUAGACUUGGUGCAUUCACUCCCACCCCAACUGAUGGAGUCACUGGUGAGGAGUGACCGGAAGGUCACUUCUGUGUCAGUGGCACAGUGGCACCUGAAAGUUGUCCGUCUGGAACAUUUUCCAAUUCAUUAGGAUUAACCAUUAUUGAUAACUGUACUGAUUGUACACCCGGUAUGUUUUGUAAUGGAACUGCUCUCAGAGCUCCGAGUGGUGAGUGUUGGCCUCGCUAUUACUGUAGAGGAAAAGCAGAGCAUCCGGCACCUCAAGAUGGUGACACUGGAGGGAACUGUACUCCUGGGCACUUUUGUCCUGGAAAAACACCGCUGCCUAUUCCUUGUGAGGAUGGCACGUACGUGAAAGAUCCUCUUGCCGAUGCCUGUUUGGACUGUCCUGCUGGGUUUUAUUGUGUGAAUGACAAAAGUCAGGACCCAAAACCAUGCCCUCAGGGAUUUUACUGCCCCGUGAGAACAGGUUUUAAUUGGCAACCUUGUCCAAAAGGGACUUAUGGUGACUCACCCGGCCUGGCUAACAUAAGUAGUUGCCGUCCUUGUGAUUCUGGAAAAUUCUGUGCUCAUGAGAAUGCAACGAGCGUAAGCGGACAGUGUGAGGCUGGCUACUUCUGCCGUCGAAGUGCAGAAUCUGCAACACCAAGUUCAAAUCAGGAUUCAGGACCAUGUCCUGAGGGUCACUACUGUCCUGUUGGUACAGGGGAACCAGAAAAGUGUCCAAAGGGCACUUUCUCCAAUGUAAAAUUCCUGAAAAAAGAAAGUGAGUGUCAAGACUGCACAGAAGGUAACUACUGUGGACAGCCUGGUGCCAGGAAUGUUUCUGGGCCGUGUGAUCCUGGAUUCUUUUGUAUUAAGGGAUCCGAUAUUCCUAAUCCACCAAAUGUAACAGAUUCUGGCGGUCCAUGCCCCAUUGGUCAUUAUUGCCCGCAAGGAACGUCUUACCCAUUAGGCUGCGAGGCUGGAACUUACAAUGAUCGCACUGGCCAGUCCGACUGUACACAAUGCUGUGCAGGUUUCUAUUGUCCAUCAAACUCAACAUCAUGCGUCCUGGAAUGCCCAAAAGGAUUUUACUGUCCUGCAGGAACAAAGACAUCUUUCGAAAAUCCAUGUCCCAAGGGGUACUUCAACAAUGACACUAGGCAGCAAAGCAUCAGUGGCUGCACACCAUGUCUUCCUGGAAAGUUUUGUGGCAGAGAAGGCCUUGAAGAACCGAGUGGAGACUGUGCAGGAGGCUGGUACUGCAUACGAGGAGCUUGGUCUGAUAAACCAGUUGAUGUUGGUGUUAUAGGAUACUGUAAUGGUACAAAUGGCUGCUUCUGCCCCAACACCACAACAGGAGGAGUCUGUCAGCCUGGUUUUUUCUGCCCGAAUGGGUCACGUGAGCCUACACCUUGCUCACGAGGAAACUAUUGCGAGGAAGCCGAACUGUCCAAAGUCUCUGGCCCCUGUGAUGCAGGCUAUUUCUGUGUCCGGGGGGCUGAAGUUGCAGACCCAACUGAUAAUGUUACUGGGGGAAUUUGUCCCAAAGGCCACUUUUGCCCUGUUGGAACUUACGAUCCACAAAAAUGUCCUGAGGGAACAUAUUCCAAUUCCACUUUCAAUAAAAAUAUAUCUGGAUGUCAACCGUGUCUGCCUGGCCAUUACUGUGAUGCUAAAGGCCUUGAGUUGCCAUCUGGGGAUUGUGAUCCUGGAUUUUUCUGUCCCGGUGGCCAGAAAACGAAGAGACCUGCAGAGUAUGUCUGCACCCCAGGACAUAGCUGUCCUUCUGGUAGUGUCAGUGAACAGGCUUGUGACUCUGGCACUUAUCAAGAUGAACAUCAGCAGGCAACUUGUAAGAUUUGUCCAGAAGGUUACUUCUGUGAUGGAACUAUUCUCAAUGCCACACAUUGUGAACAUGGGGUCCAGUUUCCCGAGCCUUGUGUCACUGGACACUACUGCUUGAAUGGAACUAAAUUCGCUCAGGAGCAUAAAUGUCCGCCAGGAACUUACAACGACAAGACACAGAGGAAAAGAGUUGAGGAAUGCACUGAUUGUCCUGCGGGAAAGUACUGCGAGGGUGAAGGGAAUGUUUAUCCAACAGAUGACUGUUCAGUUGGUUUUUACUGUAUCAGUCGAGCUGAUAACCAGUCUCCUAAUGAUGGUUUCACUGGGGUUAUUUGCCCCAAAGGUUAUUACUGUCCUCGUGGAACAAACGUCACCAUCCCGUGUGAUAAAGGUACCUAUGGACCAACUGAACAGCUUGGCUCCCAAGCAGAAUGUAAGGGUUGUGAACCAGGAGAAUUUUGCGCAAAAGACGGUCUCAACGAAACAUCUGGAAACUGCUCAGCAGGCUUCUUUUGUCGACGUAAUGCCUCAGUCAGUGAACCAACUGACGGUAUCACUGGUGACGUUUGCUGGAUUGGACAUCACUGCCCCAGCGGUACAGCCAUUCCAAUCCCUUGUUCACCGGGAACAUUUAUGAACCACACUCAAGCAGGAGAAUGUUAUACCUGUCCUGCGGGACAUUACUGUGUCAAUAAAGUGUCUCCUGAACCAUGCCCUGCUGGUUGGUACUGCCCUGAGGGCACUGGACAUGACUGGCAGCCUUGUCCACGGGGAACCUAUAGUCCAGUUGAAUUCCUCUCCCGGGAGGAUCAAUGCAAACCGUGUGAACCCGGUUACUUUUGUGCGUACCUGAACAGCACAACAACUACAGGAGAAUGUGAUGCCGGGUUUUUUUGUCACAAUGGUUCUGACCAAAGACAGCCUUCUGGAGGUCACACAGGUUACGCUGGAAUCUGUCCAAGUGGUCACUAUUGUGAGCAAGGUGAUCCAAAGGCCCCUGUGGCUUGUCCUGCUGGUCACUUCAAUAACGUAACGCAUGCUCAUUCACUUCGAAAUUGCUUAAAGUGUCCUGGAGGGCAGUACUGCGAGGAAGCUGGUCUUUCGUGGCCUAGUGGCCCUUGUGAUGCAGGAUAUUAUUGCAUAGGAGGAGCAAUAUAUCCAAAUCCAGAUAACCAGUCUGAAACUGGAGGUCCUUGCCCUCCCGGUCACUUUUGCCCAGUUGAAUCUCCUUCUCCAUUUGCCUGCCCCGGUGGCACGUACAAUUCCCUGUGGAAACAGAGUCAGUGUCUUGUCUGUCCUCCUGGUUAUUUCUGUCCAAAUGCCUCAACUAACUUCACUGAUUGCCCUGAAGGUUACUAUUGCCCCAAUGGCUCGGCAUUCACCGUUCCAUGUCCUAAAGGUAGUUACAAAAACUACACUUUGGGCGAUAAAUUGGAAGACUGCAAACUCUGCCCAGUCGGCAUGUACUGUGAAUUGAAUGGUUUGUCUCGACCUUCAGGCUUGUGUGCGGGUGGCUGGUUUUGCACUGGUGGAUCAUGGCAAAAGAAGCCACUUGAUAUAAGUGAUAUAGCAAAUGGGACGGGUGUUUGUCCAUUGAUUGGUCAGAUCGGUGGUUUCUGCAAAAAAGGUACCUUCUGCCCAGCUGGCUCUCAUGAGCCACUUCCUUGCACGCCAGGCUACUAUUGUGAGACGGAUAAGCUAGACAGCGAGUCUGGGGUUUGUUCUGCUGGUUAUUAUUGCAAUGGAAGCACAGUCUUUAGUCAUCCUAUCAAUCAAAGUAAUGGUGACAGAUGUCCGAAAGGCAAUUAUUGUCCAGUGAAGAGUUCUUAUCCAACUCCGUGUCCACCAGGCACUUAUGCAGAUACUGAAUACAACCAGUUCAGAAACAAUUGCAAGCCUUGUAUUCCUGGUAAGUUCUGUCCCACGUACGGACUAGACUAUCCAGCCGGAAAUUGCUCGAAAGGGUUUUACUGCCCUGCAGGAGAAACACAACAAAGUCCCCCAGACAAAGAAUGCCAGCCUGGUCACUUCUGUCCUGAAGGAAGUGGACUUCAUAAUCCAUGUCCUGCUGGGACUUACCAGCCAUAUUCUGGACAAGAAUUCUGUUACACAUGCCCAGCUGGAAGUUAUUGUGAUCCUGAUGAAGCAAGAAAGAACAUGUCUUGUGAAGGAAACGUCUCUUGUGGAGUAAUUGCGCCUUUAGACUGCCCUGCUGGUUAUUUCUGUCCAAAUGGGACUAAAUGGGCCAAGCAGUUCCCAUGCCCUGUGGGAACGUUCGGAAAUGUCACAAGUCUUAUGGAGGAGGACCAGUGUGCCAAGUGCACGAAAGGUUACUACUGUCACAAGUCAGGUAUCACACAUCCAACUGAUACAUGCCAUGCAGGUUAUUAUUGCAUAGAGGGUGCAAGUGUUCCAACCCCAAAUGAUACUAUAACUGGAGCCCCUUGCCCAGCCGGGUCUUUCUGCAUCGUGGGGUCGCAUAAACCAGAGCCAUGUCCAAAGGGAACAUACGGACCAAAUCAAAGGCUGCAAAGCCGUUCCGGAUGUGUUGAUUGUGAUGGAGGAAAGUACUGUAGUCAUGAAGGAUUAGCGGCUCCAAAUGGUUCCUGUGAUCUUGGAUAUUUUUGUGAGAUCCGUGCAAUAAGGCCCAACCCAGUUGAUACAUCUCAAGGAGGUGGAGUCUGUCCUCGAGGACAUUACUGUCCAAGAGAAACAACCACACCAUUUAAAUGUACACCUGGCACAUUUAAUAACAAGACCGGCGCAACUGAGCCAUCUGACUGUACUCCAUGUACACCAGGAAUGUAUUGUGAGGGAUACGGUAACACUUACCCAGACGGACCUUGUGAUGAAGGAUGGUACUGUGAAAGAGCAGCAUACUCAAAGAGGCCUAUUGCUAAUGUGAAUUUAACCUUCCACAACUCUAUGGACUUUACUUGCCCACUUUAUUCCGUGAACUUUACUGGAGGUAUUUGUCCUCUCGGUCACUUCUGUCCUGAAGGUUCUGCUGAACCCAAACGUUGCCUCAAAGGACGUUACUGUGGUCAGGAAGGGCUUGCAGAGCCCGAAGGUAACUGUACAGCUGGCUACUUUUGCAUAGGUGGUGACAUUAUCUCCAAUCCAAGGAAUUGUACAGCUGGGUACUACUGUCCGGAAGGAACAGAAAUUGAGAUUGCUUGUCCAGUUGGAACAUUCUCUCCAUAUGUAGGAAAGUCAAAAGAAGAAGACUGUUUGAACUGCACUGCUGGGUACUAUUGCCCACUACCUGGAGCGACAGAAGUGUUGUUUUUAUGCUUGCAAGGAUAUUACUGUCCGAGUGGUUCUACGCAUAAUUCCACUGUGAUUUGUCCUAGAGGAAGUAGUUGUCCCACUGGAGUUGGACAGCCGCAGAGCUGUGUUCCAGGAGAAUAUCAAGAUGAAGAAGGACAAUACAAGUGUAAGGUUUGCCCUUCUGGUUAUUACUGCGAUCCAGCUACAAGUCUUACAGGUGUUAUACAUCCAACCAAAUGCCCCGCUGGAAGUUACUGCACACGUGGAACAAGGACUGAGAAACAAUUCCCAUGUCCUGCUGGCACAUACAGUAAUGAAACAGGCUUGGAAGGACCUCAACAGUGUAAGCCCUGUCCACCUAAGGUCUUCUGUGGCUCUCCUGGGUUGACGGAACCUACUGGACCUUGUGCAGCAGGUCAUUUCUGUGUCCUUAAUGCUUCUUCAUCAACACCAACCGAUGGAGUGACAGGCAACACAUGUAAAUUGGGUGAAUAUUGCCUAGAGGGGUCAUCAGAGGGAAUUGGCUGUCCAGCUGGAACUUUUUAUAAUGAAACAGGGCUGAAAGACGAAUCAGGUUGUCUCCCAUGUUCAGCAGGCUUUUACUGUGAUGGAACUGGGAACGAGGUUCCCAGAAAGAAAUGUCAGGAGGGGUUCUGGUGUAUAGGAGGCUCUCCAGAAAAGAUGCCACUCAAUCAACCGCAUGGAACAGAGUGCCCCAAUGGUAGCUAUUGUCCCGCAGGUACCCCAGUACCAGUUUUGUGCCCCAAAGGAACAUACCAGCCUGGGCGGCGCAAAGCACGUCUUGAAGAUUGUGUGAGCUGCGAUCCAGGGAAGUUCUGCAGCCAAACUGGGUUGUUCGGUGUUAGUGGCGAUUGUGAUGCAGGAUAUUUUUGUAAAGGAAACGCUAGCAAGAGUAAUCCAGAAGAUGGUGUUACUGGCGACAUCUGUCCUGUAGGCAGCUUCUGUGUAGAGGGUUCCAUAAAGCCACAGCCUUGCUACAAUGGAACUUAUAUGAAUCAUACCGGUGCUUCGUCCUGUUAUAUUUGCCCAGCGGGAUAUCAGUGCAUCGGCGCAGUUUUGCCUGACCCAUGCCCCGCAGGUUUCUACUGCCCCAAAGGUACAGGGUAUGACACUCAACCUUGUCCGGUGGGCACUAUUGGUAAUAGGAUAGGUUUGACAAAUGAAACUGAGUGUACACAGUGUCCGGGUGGUUUCUACUGUGAGACAGCUGGCCGAAGCACUGUCACUGGAAGAUGUCAAGGAGGGUUCUACUGUACAUCAGGCGUGAACGUUAGUGCUCCUGAUCAAUAUUUUACGGGUUUGGGAGGACAGUGCCCCGUGGGACAUGAAUGUCCAGAAGGCAGCAGUACUUUUCAUCCAUGCGAACCUGGAAAUUAUGCUGCUGUGGAGAAGAUGCCAGCUUGUGAUACAUGCCUUUCAGGCAAAUACUGUGAUGGUACCACGGUCACACCAGCAUCAUGUCCUGCUGGGCAUUUUUGUCCAAAUGGCACAGAAUUUGCCACGCAAUAUCCGUGCAAACCAGGUACUUAUAAUAACGUUACCGACCAGGCAUCAGAGUCAUCAUGCAAACUGUGUGAUCCAGGUAAGUACUGAGAAGGUUCCUCGCGCGUUUGGCCCAAUGACUUUUGUGAUGAGGGCUUUUUCUGCUCUGGCGGCUCUUGGAGCAAACGUCCGGGAGACAUUGGUGUUGCUAGUUACAGUAACGCAACAAGCCCUGCGGACAGCUGCUACACAGCCUUUGAAUGUGUGUGUCCUGCAUGGAACAAAACUACAGGUGAUAUUUGUCCUGCAGGCCACUAUUGCCCUAGGGGCUCAUCAAAACCAUUGCCAUGUAAACUCGGCCAGUACUGUCCGCAUGUGGCGUUGGCUGAACCUGUUGGAAACUGCUCUGCGGGUUAUUUCUGUAAUGAUAGUUCAACUGUGCGAGACCAGUUUGAUUGUCCGGUUGGCCACUAUUGUCCAUCUGGCACAGGAGUUCCAGUUCCUUGCCCUAGUGGCACAUUCUCUAAGACGACAAAGAACACAGAAAUUGCAAAUUGCCGAGAUUGUACCCCUGGCAAGUAUUGUAUUGGUACAGGAAACCCUGCUCCAACUCAGGACUGUGCGGCGAAUUAUUAUUGCCCAGGUGGACAAAGUUCGCCAACACCAAAAGAGUAUUUGUGCACAGUAGGUCACUUUUGUAAAGCUGGGACAGCCCAGCCAGUCAGAUGUGAAAAUGGUACCUUCCAAAAUGAGCCUGGAAAAAGUUUUUGUAAUAGUUGUCCAGAAGGUUACUACUGCGACGCCACAAAUAUGGCCGUCGUUAAUGCAACAUUAUGUCCUCAAGGUCAUUACUGUCCACCUGGUACUGGAGACUAUCGGAACUUCCCAUGCCCAGAACGCACCUACAAUGACAGACUGGGUUUGACGGCUAUUGAAAACUGCACAAGCUGUCCAAGGGGAACGUAUUGCGGUAGAGAAGGCCUAAGUCAACCGUCUGGAAACUGUUAUGGUGGACAUUACUGUACAGAGGCAUCCAAGUCUCCAGCUCCAGAUAAAGACCUUCUAGCCAUCAACUACCCAGAUUAUGUGAACUUCCCUUUCGCAUUCCUUAACGAUGCUUGUCCUCCAGGGUAUUUUUGUCUUAAUGGUUCUGAUCCUGAACCCUGUCCAUCGGGUACUUUCCAUAAUGAUGGCGGUAUCUCCAGCAAGUCACAGUGUAACCCAUGUCCUGUAGGAAAGUAUUGUAAUGGCUCUGGUAUAUUAAAUGAUACCGCGCCACCAUGUGAUGCUGGAUAUGUGUGCACUGGAGGAUCAAGCCAACCAAAGCCUACUCAUCCAUCUAUGGGUUACAUCUGUCCCCGCGGAUUCUACUGCCCUGCUGGUACCCAUACUGAACUGAGCUGCCUUCCUGGAACUUAUCAACCUAACGUGGGACAGGGAGAAUGUAUUCCAUGUGGAGCAGGCAACAUGUGUCCUUAUCACAACAUGUCGUCAGUUGAACCUUGUGAAGCUGGCUACUACUGUCCAGAUGGAACCCAGGUGGCAUGUCCUCCAGGAACCUAUGGUAAUCGCAUUGGGCUGUCCUCUGCUGAUAUGUGCACAGACUGUCCUUCUGGCAAAUUCUGUCAGGAUUAUGCACAGACAGUUCCUACGGGUCCGUGUACAGAAGGAUGGUUCUGCGAAGGAAAAGCUAACACUUCCACCCCCACAGCCUUACCAGAGUACCCAAGAAACGGUCUUUGUCCAACUGGUCACUACUGUGUCGAAGGAACGCAAGCACCAGCUCCGUGUCCAACAGGCACAUUCCGUAAUAGCACAGGUGCACGAUCAGUCGAUGACUGUCUGGACUGCUCUCCUGGUUUCUUCUGUAAUGGGUACAAUAACUCGUUUCCAACUGGACCUUGUGCACCAGGGUAUUACUGUCCUCAGAGUUCCAGAGCCAAUGUAUCCAAGCCCCAUGAAUAUUUGUGCCCAGUUGGUCACUUCUGUCCGGGAGGCACUGCAGACCCAGAGGAGUGUGAUGCAGGUUCCAACCAACACAGUAAAGGUCAGGCAAGCUGCGAUCUCUGUCCUGCCGGAUAUUAUUGUCCAAUUAAGACUUCCAAGCUGGAAAAAUGUCCCCCAAGGCUCUAUUGUCCCGCUGGCACCACUGUACCACUUAGAUGUCCAAAUGGAACAUUCACCCAUGAUAACAUGACUGGCCUGGCUAAUGCAUCUCAAUGUCUGCCCUGUAUCACUGGUUUUUAUUGCCGCCUGGGUCAGGUGGUUGCACAAUGUGAUGGUGGUUAUUACUGUAAAGCUGGUAGUCCUGAUCCAAACCCAGAUGGUUACUGGUAUCCUGUUGAGGCUGGUCCCUGUGCCAUCGGAUAUUAUUGUCCUAAUGGCACACUCCUGCCCAUUCCUUGCCCUGCUAACACAAUGAAGAAUUACACCGGCGGGUAUGGGCAACCUUCAGACUGUACCCCCUGCCUUGCUGGAAGACUCUGCUUGAAUGGAACGGCAUAUGGUGUGUCUUGUCCUCGUGGAAAGUACUGUCCUCGUGGGGAAGCUCCAAUUGAUUGCCCUAUGCACAGAUACCGAGACAUUGUUGGUGGCCAAGAUUUGAGUGACUGUUUCCCCUGUCCAGCCGGCUACUGGUGUAAUCUCACUGGUAUGGUAAAUUACAACAACAGCAAAUGUCCAAUCGGAAACUUUUGCCCAAGUAUGCUUGGGCCAACUCUGUGCGGAGCAGGCCGUCGCCGAGAAAGUCCUGGGGCUGAGAGAAGAGAGGAUUGUGGUCUUUGUCCUGGUGGUUACUUUUGUCCAAAUGAUACCAUCAAUGUGCAAGGAAUACCUUGCGCUGCAAAGUAUUACUGUCCAGAGGGCUCGCCAGCGCAGAGACUAUGCCCAGCCGGAGCGUAUUGUCCUGCCAUCACUGCAAUACCCAUACCAUGUCCAGGUGGUUCUUACUGCCCAAAUGGAUCACAGGUGGAUUUCCCUUGCUCAUACCCAUAUUAUUGCCCACCAAAUAGCACUCAAGAGCUUAAGUGCAAUCUUGGCUACGUGGCCGAACAUGUAACUGGAGCGCGUGAUUCCCACGAUAGAUGCUGUCGACGGUGCGAACCAGGGAAUUACAGUGAUAAUCCCUUGCGUCCUGAAUGUGAUACCUGUCCAAAAGGUUAUUUCUGCCCAGGAGGUACCACAGGACCAUACGUGCAUCCAUGUCCAAGAGGAGCGUAUUGCCCUGUUGGGUCUGUUGAGCCUCAAGCUUGUGCGCCUGGUACUUACGGAACUAGGUUGAGGGCAACAGCGCCCUCCGAUUGUUUUCUCUGUGAGCCCAACUAUUACAACCAUGUAUCAAAUCAAACAGCUUGUAAGCCUUGUGGAAGCAGUGCCACAUCAACGGAAGGUCAGGCAACUUGUCAGUGUUACGGCAAACACCGCUAUUUCCAGGUGUCGGAUGGUUCCUGUGAAUGCCUUUCCUCGUACGUCUUUUAUGACCCAAUUACCCUCGAGAAGAUGGAAGAAGGAAACAGUGACAAAGAUUGUCAGGUUGAGGAAUUACCAAGAUGUGGCACUGGUGUUGCUCGAAUGGCUUCACAGGGUGAAUGUGUGAAACCUGAGGAUGAAACUACAAAAUGUCAAAAACUGUGGAGUAGUGCCACUUUCUCCACUGAGUUGGGCAUUUGUAUUCCCUUUUAUAACGUAAGCUGUAAGGCUGACUGCGAGAAGAACAGAACCAAGAUGUACAUACGAAGAAAAACCGAAGGGAUUUUAACUAUAAAGUACGAGGAGAGUGGAGGAAAAUCAGAAUCCUUUGAUUUCAUCCAAGAGUUCGGAGUCAAUGACCACGACAACGAACAACAUCCUGCUGAAUUAAUAUAUUUCCAAAGAGACCUAGCAGUACAGGCACUUGUAGCAAAGUCUGGUGACGACGUGAAAAACGCCCUGAAAACAGAAGUUGCGGCCGUAACGCGCAGACGGCGAAGGGCAAUUGGUGACAAUUCGACUACUACUCCUUCUACCAACACAAUCGCUAAUCCAACUUUUUGCUUUCAGUAUGGGCAAGCACUAACAUUCAAAAUUGAAAUCAACCCAGAAAACCGAAGCCUAAGCCAUUAUCCGCGAUACCGUAAGAACCAUCUGUUGAACAGAAAUGACAAGUUUGAUUAUGGAAACUUUAGACAACUUCACUCACUUAUCCGUGAAUCAAAUGACUCUCUGGACUUCUUUGUGCACGUCUUUACCCAGAAUGGAACGUUUGUGUUUUAUGACAACGCAGAACCUUCCCGAGAGGUAAUAGUGAAUGUGGUAGCUCCGGGUGCCACGUGUGGAGGUGUAACCAUUUUACCGACAACAGAACGGACGUUGACUACGCUCGGUGUCGGUGCCAAAAAGCCUCAAAACCUGUCUCCAGACUGGGCAGUAAUCUGGGGUAUGAUUGUGUUCAUGCUAGUGUGUAUCAUUAUGCUUGUAAUUGCUGUCAUCAUAUGGCGCCCAAAGAGCGUUGGAAGGUUCCCUGUACGAGCACUGAGGCCCAAAUACAAAUCGCUUGGAGCACCUAUCCCUGUAGUCCCUAUCCCUGGUAUUGAUGAUCAUAUUUAUGACCUUGGACCUCGUGGUUCACCAGAAGGGUCUUCGUUUGAUUCUCCAAAUGUGAGAUUUGAGCUGGAAAACUUCAAUGUUCGCACUCUUUACGACAAACUGGAAGAUCAAACGUUACACGUUUCAUCACAACUCGCGCGUCACCAAGCAGACUUGAGAGCUUUUUAUGACAGAAUCAGCCAACAGGCAGAGAAGCUAAAAGGGAUGUUAGAUAGCAUGGACGUCUCUGCACUUAUCAAAGCAACAAAAGAGGCAGGGAGGGCAAGGGAAGGCGAGGCCUCCACUGAACAGCAGCAAGGAAAUGGCGCGGGUGAACACGGCCUGAGAUACGGUAUGACAGCUGGUGGACAGGUUAGAGAAGAGGAGUUAAUGCAGUCUCUUCAGAUGCUGUUGGAGAAAGUGGAAAAGGGACAGUUUUCAAUACCAGGCGUGGUGUCGGGCGCAAGUAUAACAGUGCCAGGUCCUGGAAUGAUUGUGAUGGGUGGAGAUAGCAGUACAGGAACUACUAACCUUACCCAGCAAGCUACUGGGUAUCCUGUGGUGGAGGUGCACACUGGUGAGGCUGCUGGGCCGCAGUGGCAGAUCCAAGGAACGAGUGACGUCAGUGAGUUCCUGCGUAAAAUGAAUGCAGAGCGCAUGCACCUCGAGCAGCAAACUGGACGAGAAGAGGAGACUGUUGUACACAAGCUUCUGAAAGAACAGGAAGAAAUCCGUUCAAGCGAAAUGAAAAAGUUGGCGGAGAAGCUAGCGGAAAAAAUGUCUGGUGAUCUAAGCGAAGAUGAAAUGCGUGCUGUUAUGGAGGAUCAUGAAAGGCAAGUUGCACAGUUGGAAGGAGUUUUAGCAUCGGAGAAAGAGAAACAAAUGGCAGCACUGAGAGAGAAACUGAAGAGAAGAAGAGAAGAAAAAGAGGCUGCCCUCUUAAGAAAACAGAAGGAGGAGGCCGUGAACUCCAAUAUUCGUUUGGACGAUGUUAAACCUUUGGCCAGUAUUGAUACAAUGUUAAAGAUUCAAGAAAGCGUACAAGACGUGAUUGUUCAGGAAGAGUCCAUUGGGCAUGCGCGAGCAGAGGAACAGCAGUCCACUGAACAAGCGAAUGUUUACAGGCGCCAAUUGGGAGACAAGUUCUGAGCUAU